UCUGAGCUUUGCACGGUGAAUAAAUGAUCGCUCCUGAUUUUCUGCAAUCAGGUCGCGCUGUUUGACAGCAACUCAGCCUUUUGCGGGGUUUUCCCGGAAAGAUCCGCAGCGUGCACGCAAAAUGUCUCUCCGUUAUCAAAACAAAGUUGUUAUUGUCACUGGAGGAUCCAAGGGGAUUGGUAGAGGAAUUGUCAAAGCGUUUGUGGAAAAUGGUGCCAAAGUGGUGUUUUGUGCAAGAGGUGCAGCAGGUGAAGCUCUGGAAGCAGAGCUGAACAUAACGGGACCAGGUUCAUGCAGAUUUGUCAUGUGUGAUGUCUCUAAAGAAGAAGACCUCAAGAGAUUGAUCACAGUCACAGUGGAACAUUAUGGACACAUUGACUGUCUGGUCAACAAUGCAGGCUGGCACCCUCCUCAUAAAUCCACAGCUGACACCACAGCAGAGGAGUUCAGAGAUCUGCUGAAUCUCAACCUCGUCAGCUACUUCUUGGCAUCUAAAUUUGCGCUACCGUAUCUACGGCAGCGUCAAGGAAACAUCAUAAAUGUUUCCAGUCUUGUGGGCACGAUUGGUCAAAAAGAUGCUGCACCAUAUGUUGCCACUAAAGGGGCGAUAAUUUCCAUGACAAAGGCGAUGGCUGUGGAUGAGAGUCGGUACAACGUGAGAGUGAACUGCAUCUCUCCAGGUAACGUGAUGACCCCUCUGUGGGAAGAAUUGGCAAAGCAGACACCAGAUGCUGCAGACGCCAUCAGAAAGGGAGAAAAUUCUCAGCUGAUAGGUCGAAUGGGGACAGAGGCUGAGUGUGGACUGGCUGCCCUGUAUCUGGCUGCUGAUGCCACUUUCUGCACUGGCAUCGACCUGCUGCUCAGUGGAGGUGCCGAACUCAACUACGGCUUCAAGAGCCAAAUCCCAACCUGACUACCUUGCCCUUCAGAGAUUUCUUGGCUGUGGAGCAGCUGCUUUAACACAUUAACAUAUCAAGAACGGAUAUAAGUGCUGGUUAUAUGACUAAAUCAAACACUGAAUGUCUUUAAAAACCAAGGAGGUUUGUCAUAAUGUAGAAUAAAGUGGAAUUUCAAUACUUUAGUUACCUAUGUUGCCUGGUUGGGGUCAAACAUUGGCAUUCAAUGCCAACGUAACAGGACCUGCACCCCUCCCCACUGAUCGACCAAUCAGCAUCAGCCUCUUUGACCUACGGUACCCUCUCUUUCUCUUGGCCAGUCAGAUGCAAGACUUUUGACACGCCUCUAACGACUUCCAGAGUAACGUUUCUACUGUUUAAUAAAACUGGUCUGUUUUA